AUGCCUGACGCGCAACCUACGCAACACCCGCCUGCCGAGGGAGCCCCCGCCAAGUCCCUCGACGAUGAGCAGAUUCCCCUCUGGACAUACAUCUUCCAAGGACACACCCCAAGGACCACCAUCUGCGUCGCCGUGCUGCUUCUCAUCUGCAACAUAAUAGUCUCGGGGCUAGGGACAGCACUUUCAGCAUGUCUGAGUUCUGCCCACAGAAACCGCUGUAACCUACUUAUCAUUGCUGCAAUCCAGUUCUUUCUCAUGUGGCUAUUUGUUCCGUGGAUCUGGAGCAUUGUUUUUGGAGCACUGUUGGUGAUUCAUGCCAAAGACAGUCCCGAUGACGGUGGCCGCUCCGAGCCAAGGAGGACAAUCGAGCCUCAGCAAGCCCCGCCGGUCUAA